UACGUUUCUGGUUCAUCCCCUUCGAUCAAACCGCACGGUCACCACUGGACUGGAGAACUGUCGCGUGAAUAACAACAGCCACUGGGCGACUUGUGCCCGCUGUCCAGAGCGAUGAGGCUCCGUUGGAUCAGUACCGUGGUACUGUCAGUGGCUGCUGCUUACUAUAUCUACCUCCCGCUGCCGAGAGCGGUGGGCGACCCGUGGAAACUUAUGCUGCUGGAUGCGCUCUUUCGUGGCUUUAUACAUGUGUGUGACAUGGCUGAGGCUCUCGGUGUGUGUCACAGCGUACACAUGCUGAACACGCUGGUCUCGAGUGUGGAGGUCAUCGAGCCUCGCUCCAGCCCCACCGUACACGUCACCGACUCCACCCUCGCGGGCGUGGCCACGCGGGUGUUCCAGCCAAUCGGAGGGGAGACGCCGAAGAGGGGCGUGGUUUACUUCCACGGCGGAGGCUGGGCUCUGGGGAGCGGACGCAUGCGAUCUUACGAUCUACUGUGCAGGAAGAUGGCCGAGGAUCUGGAUGCCGUCAUCAUGUCAGUGGAUUACCGGCUGGCUCCAGAGGUGGUGUUCCCGGGUCAGUACCAGGAUGCUCUGGCGGCGUCGCGGGCCGUCCUGUCGGCAGCCGUGCUGCAGCGCUACAGUCUGGACCCACGCAGGCUGUGUGUGUCUGGAGACAGUGCUGGGGGGAACCUGGCCGCCGCCGUAGCCCAGGAGAUCGGCUCAGAUAAGAACGCCAGUGUGAAGUUCAAGGCUCAGGCGUUGAUCUACCCCGUGCUCCAGUCCUUGGACUUCCACACGCCUUCCUAUCAGCAGAACCACAACGUACCCAUCCUCUACCGGCACCUCAUGGCCCGCUUCUGGCUCCAGUACCUGGGGGCUGACCCCUCCCUGUCCCCCCUUCUCCUGGCCAACAACCACAGCUCUCUGGACCAGCCCAGCAUCACGCCACACACCCGCUCCAAGCUCAACUGGACCUCCCUGCUCCCAGACGCACGCAGGAAGCACUACAGGCCGAUGGUCAAGGUGACGGGGUCGCGGGAGGUGGUGGAGAAGGUUCCGGGGCUGGUGGAUGUCCGGGCGGCGCCGCUGCUGUCGGAGCGAGGGAUUCUGGGUAGGACGCCGCGAGCAUAUGUGAUGACGUGUGAGUUUGACGUGCUGAGAGACGACGGGCUGAUGUACGCCAGGCGCCUGGAGGAGGCGGGCGUCGCCGUGACGAGCGAUCACUACGAGGAUGGUUUCCACGGUUGCAUGGUUUUUGCGUUCUGGCCGGUGCAGUCGACAGUUGGACAGAGAAGCUUGGAGAACUACAUACGCUGGCUGGACCAAAACCUCUAAAACCUGGAACUUCCAGAACCUCAAGGUACUCGAGAGAUAGAACCAAUGAAAUCACUUCCUGUUGGACUAGAAUUCUAUAGUUCAAGUCUGUGACAGGUGAGAAUGUUCAGGAUGCCUGAAAACCAAAGCCUCUGCAACACACUGUAAGAACUUAGAGGGUUCAGAGAGGUGAUACGUAGCCAGCUAGUGGAAACACCGCGACUGAAAGUCAAACACAAUCGACAAACUUCUCUUCUGACUACCUAACUGUUUUUUGGACGUUUUAAUUUUCCAUUUGAAAAUUAAAUGCAAGCAUAGGCACUUUGAACUGUCUCUAGAAUAUUGUGAAGCUUUAUCAUAUCCUGGUGUACUGUCAAGUAAGGCAGUUACACACUGGUGCACACACACAGACACACACUGUUGCACACACACGCACACAAAUUUAAGGAUUAUCCAUAGCUUUGUGUACAAGGCAGUACAGUGUCAGCUGUUAGAAACAGCAGCUGUGGAAUUACCGGGUUGUGCAAUACUGUAAUCUUAAAAAAAAAUGCAGAUGUACGAAAAUAAACAUACCUGUCAUUCAAAAGUUAGGGUUAUGAUUCUCAAACUAUCAAAACUGUUCCAGGGUAGAAUCACUGUAAAGGUUUGCUGAGAGCAAAACAUAUUCAUGCUAAGCUAUCCAGGAGAGAGGGGAGGGCUUCACCAGAAUGAAAUGUGAUCACUUCUAUCUUUCUGGACUCUAUGGCAUAGACUGUAAGUAAAUGUCCUAGGUGUUAGUUUGGCAUUAGACCAGUGAUGUCUAGAGUGUGGAUCAUGGCACAGCACUGAGAGUUCCCAUUACUUGAAGUUAAUCUGCUGAAAAGUGUCUAAUGGGUCCAAAAAGUUUGAAUUAUAUUGUCCAUUUUAAUUUAGCAUUGAAAAUAGUGAUUACAUUUUUUCAUUGUUCCUGGGUCAUGGUUAAUUCCUUUUUAUUGUUUUUACAAAAUAAGAGAUAGAUAAUCUAUACUGGUGAUUAUGAUGUUUUGUGGUGAGGGUUAACGGUUUUGUGAAUGACCCAUCAUAGGUAGAUCUAUUCAGCUAAUGUGUUUUUUUAAAUCUCAGAUCUCAACAUCUUCCUCAGAAGACAUAAGGAGUCCUAAUUUAGGUUGAAAAUGUAAAAUGACUAAAUGUGAACAGAUGGACUUUCAAAGUUUUGUAUUGUGUGUAAUACCACUUUUGGACAGAGGGUGACACUGUUCCUUCAAAAUCAAACUCUUCCAAUUCUUGAUUUCUGCUGCUCCUUGCUGAUUAAUUAUUAUGUGAUACAGAAACUAUUCAUAUAUCCAUAUACAUGUAUGUAUACAAAUAUAUUUAUAUCUUAUUUAAUGUGAUAUUACUUUAUUUAUGUGGUCUUUGAUUAUAGCAUUUUGAUGUAUGUUAUUUCAUUGUGAGUUUUCUUGAGUAAACACAUUUUUAUAGGUUUGGUUAUCCAAAUACAGAUAAAUCUGGUUCA